GCAUCGGCCACAAGUCGGUACAGUCUGGAAGCUGCUGUCUCUCAGGUAAGGUGCCUCAUUAGCAUCGGGCAGAACUUUGGCCGUUGCCCAGCACUUUGCGUUGUACUGUUUGAGGCGAGAAACGGUAGACUUGGCUCGCUCAAGAGAUGCUAUGACGUGCCGUCACCGGCCUCGCGGAUCGCCACCCGAACGAACUCUUGAAUGAUAGUUUUCCCGUUUCAGUUCAGUCAAACCAUCGCAGAAGCCAUUUCGGAUCCCUAAACAUUCCAGAGCCCACCAUUUCAAGUUUUCCUACGCAUCAAUCACAGUUCCGCAGCAAGUCGAACCCCGAACGGGAUUGGCUCCGCGACGGGAACCGGAGCACUGCUUCUACCUGCUCUAACCUCGCACACCUCAUGCGCUUUCAACCCGCCGCCCGCUGUCUAGCCAUCGCGCAGCAAUUUCGGAGCCCCUGGAGCCGGUCCUUCUCAGCAUUCACCAACCCUUCUGCCAUGGCUGCAGUCAACAAUACUUCCACCUCUUCUCCAUCCCAUAGGGACGAAGGAGUGACGCUGGCCGCGCUUCCGAAGUCAUGGCAUUUCACAUCAUCACUCCCUGCAGACCCGCUGUUCCCGACGCCGGCUGAAAGCUAUAAGGCGACGCGCGAAGAUCUCGGGCCACGCCAGGUGCGAGGCGCCCUAUUUACAUGGGUCCGCCCGGAGAGCCAGCAAGAACCGGAACUGCUGGCUGUGUCGCCAGCGGCCAUGCGCGACCUGGGCCUGGCGCUGUCCGAAGCUGAGACAGACGAGUUCAAGGAGACAGUAGUCGGCAAUGAGAUCCAUGGAUGGGACCCCGUGACGCUCUCCGGGCCGGGCUACCCUUGGGCGCAAUGCUAUGGAGGGUUCCAGUUCGGAGACUGGGCCGGCCAGCUGGGUGAUGGACGAGCCAUCAGCUUGUUCGAGGCGACAAACCCUCGCACAGGGAUACGGUACGAAGUCCAGCUCAAAGGGGCCGGCAUAACCCCCUACAGCCGGUUCGCUGACGGCAAGGCCGUCCUGCGCAGCAGCAUCCGCGAGUUCGUCGUCAGCGAGGCGCUGAACGCCCUAGGGAUUCCCACUACGCGAGCGCUUGCCAUCAGCCUGCUACCACACAGCAAGGUCAGGCGAGAGCGUAUCGAACCCGGCGCCAUCGUGGUUCGCUUCGCGCAAAGCUGGCUGCGCUUCGGCACCUUCGACCUCCUCCGCGCGCGCGGCGACAGGACCCUCAUCCGCCGGCUGGCCACCUACGUCGCCGAAGAUGUCUUCGGUGGGUGGGAGACCCUCCCAGGCCGGCUUGACGACCCUGGCGAUCCCUCUAAGACCCCAACCCCUGAACGCAAUGUCCCUAAGGACACUCUCCAAGGCCCGCCUGGCGCCGAAGAGAAUCGUUUUGCGCGCCUCUACCGCGAGAUCGUCCGCCGUAACGCGCUCACCGUCGCCAAAUGGCAAGCGUACGGUUUCAUGAACGGCGUGCUCAACACCGAUAACACGUCCAUCUUCGGCUUGUCCAUGGACUUUGGCCCGUUCGCCUUCAUGGACAACUUCGACCCCAAAUACACCCCAAACCACGACGACUACCUCUUGCGCUACAGCUACCGCAACCAGCCGACCAUAAUCUGGUGGAACCUAGUCCGGCUAGGCGAAGCCCUCGGCGAGUUAAUCGGCUCCGGCCCCGACGUCGACACGCCCUUCUUCACCUCUUCCGGCGUAACUGAGGAAUCCGCUCCCCCGCUCAUCGCCCGCGCCGAGAAACUCAUCAACCAAGCCGGUGAAGAAUACAAGUCCGUCUUCCUCGCCGAAUACAAACGCCUUCUCACCCUCCGCCUCGGCCUCAAGACCCACAACCCAAACGACUUCGAUACGCUAUUCUCCCCCUUACUCGACACACUCGAAGCUCUCUCGCUAGAUUUCCACCUCUUCUUCCGCCGCCUCUCCACCCUCCCCUUAUCCGCCCUCUCCGCCCCGUCCUUCCGCCUCGAAAACGCCGCCCGUUUCUUCUACAAGGAAGACCCGCCCGCCGAUGACGCCGAGACGGGAGGUCGCCAACGAGUCGCAAACUGGCUCGCCGUCUGGCGCGAGCGCGUGGUCCAGGAUUGGGGAUCAUCCGACGGGACCGUAUCCGAAGAGGCCGACGCGGAGCGCAUGGCGGCUAUGAAGCGCGUGAACCCCAACUUUGUGCCGCGCGGUUGGAUCCUGGACGAGGUGAUUCGCCGCGUCGAAAAGGGCGGCGAGCGGGACGUGUUGAAUAGGGUUCUGCAUCUGGCGCUGCAUCCGUUCGAAGACAGCUGGGCUGGGAGGGAGUUUGACGGGGUGACGUAUGAAGGGGACAAGGAGGAGGAGGUCCGGUGGGUGAGCGAUGUGCCGAGGUCGGAGCGGGCGUUGCAAUGUAGCUGUAGUUCGUGAUCUUGAUAGGGCAAGGGGUCAAAGUUGGUGGAUAGGAAUCACCUCUGUGGGAUCAUGUUUUAGACGUCCUGUUCCCGAGUUAGAGCGAUUCUUUUAACUUGCAGGUCUUGAACGUUGCUGAUACUUCGGGUCGACCGGCCAUGUUGGGUCUCUCGCAAAUCACGCAAGUAACGGUUGAAGCAAAGGUUAAGAAUCAUCGGUUUUGAUAAACGAGUGGCUAUGAGCGAAAUAGUAUCCGAAUACAUGGACAAGGCCGGGUAAUCCACUGCAGGCCACGCAUCUU